AUGGGCAGUGGCAACCCAGCCACUGUCAACACAGAGGGCCCUGAAGAGGACCCACGACCCCCAUUUGAGGAGCUGGCAGAACUUUCCCUUAUAUGCCGCCUCUGCAAUGAACUAGCAAAGCACAGGAGCACAAGACUUCAAGACUCUGUUGAACAAAGCUCAACUCUUCUUUGGGGCCUUGAUAUUCUGCUAAAACAUACUCAAGGGAUUAAAAUAAAUAUGCAGUUGAGCGAUACACACACUAUUCCCCUGGUUUUAUCACAAGACAGAGGAUUCAUCAGGCAGAACUGCGAUUCUGGGCUACCUUCCCCACUUCCUUCUGAUUCCUUCAAGUAUCUCGGCUGGUGUGACAUAGAAGAACAUGAUGUUCGAGGAAAUCAGCUUCAUUGCCCCAGAGUGAGAGAAGGGCCCUCAGAAGAGGAACUAUUUUUCAGAGGAGAAGAACAUACUUUGAAAAAAAGAAAACAAGUAACUGACACAGAGAAGUGGCAAAAGAAACUGCAAGAGAACUGGGAAAACAGUGCUGAGUUGAACCUUUCAUUUCAGGACCUGGGUGAUCUUUACCAGCUGGAAAACUUCAAAAGGAUUCUCCAAAGGUUAAUUCGGGUGGAAAAACUUUGGUUGGUGGACAAUUCUUUGACAGACCUAAGUGCCCUAAGGUUGCCAAGAUGCAGAGAACUAAAUGUCAAUAAAAACCACUUUACAUCCUUCAAACAGCUGCCAAAGAUACCUCAGAUUCAGCACUUAUCACUCGCUGAAAAUAACAUUAUGACACUAAGUGGAAUAUCAGACUUCAGACAUACUCCACUUGAAUCCCUUAUACUCAAGAGGAAUCCCUGUGAAUUUCAAGAAAGAUACAGACAACUUGUAUUCUCCAGUUUGCCAAAUCUAAAAAUGCUGGAUGGUAUCCCAAAACUGCCGGAGGACUGUUCGCCCCCACAUAUCAGGGCUUUUUUCAAAAUGUGUACUAUACUCUAGCACUGGUUUUUUGUAGGAUCAGAACUGUGCUAGAACCACCUCACUUAAAAGAUACAAUAAAUCCUGU